AUGGCAUUCCCUUUCAAUUUCCUCCUCCUCCUCUUCCUUCCCUCUCUCUCAGUCCUUCCCCCCACAGAACCAAAGCUCUCCCUCAACUACUAUGACAAGUCAUGCCCCAAGUUCCAAGAAAUCCUCGAACGAGUCAUCACCGACAAGCAAAUCAGCGCUCCCAGCACUGCCGCCGCCACCCUCCGCCUGUUCUUCCACGACUGCAUGGUCAACGGUUGCGACGCCUCCAUCCUCAUCUCCUCCAACGCCUUCAACAAGGCUGAGCGCGACACUGACAUCAAUCUCACCCUUGCUGGCGACGGCUUCGACCUCGUCACGCGAGCCAAGACAGCCCUAGAGCUUGAGUGCCCUAACAUUGUCUCCUGCUCCGACAUCCUCGUCACUGCCACGCGUGACCUAAUCACCAUGGUCGGCGGACCGAACUACCCAGUCCGCCUUGGCCGGAAAGAUAGCUUUGUAUCGAAAGUUGAGCACGUCGAUGGCAACAUUGCUAGACCCACCAUGCCAUUGUCGCAGAUCAUCUCAAUCUUCAAUUCCAAGAAAUUAUCCGUCCAAGAAAUGGUAGCAUUAGUCGGAGCACACACGAUUGGUUUCUGCCACUGCAAAGAGUUUAGCCACAGAAUCUACAACUUCAGCAAAACCUCAAAGUACGAUCCCACAUACAACCCCAAGUAUGCGGAAGGGUUGAGGAAGCUAUGCGCGAACUAUACGAAGGACCUAGCGAUGGCGGCUUUUAAUGACGUGAGGACGCCCAACAAGUUCGAUAAUAUGUACUUUCAAAAUCUGCAAAAAGGGUUGGGGCUAUUGGAAUCAGACUAUGCACUGGCAACUGACAAGCGGACGAAGCCGUACGUGGACAUGUACGCGGCGAACCAGAACAAGUUCUUUCAAGAUUUCGCCAAAGCAAUGGAGAAGUUCAGCAUUUAUAAUGUCAAGACUGGACGAAAGGGAGAGGUGCGUCACAGAUGCGAUGCUUUCAACUCUAUUUCAACUUAACUUCUCUAUUCUUGGUUUCCUUUUUGGUGUUUACAUGGCGUUAGAAGGCACGAAAGUUGAGUUUUGAGGGAUGAUUGGUUCUGACGGAAGGUGUGCAAAUAAAUCGUACUGUUCUUCGUUGAUACU